AUGCACGAGAAAAACGCAACAUCUGAUGUUCGCAAUGUGUCGGAUGUGGACACUUUGUACACUGCAGACGCUCACGAGAUCAAUAGGGAGUUGAUCAGGAACGCUAACCCGCAAGGCGUUUCAUCUCAUCAGUCGGGCGUCGAUGUCCAGAGGGCGGAGCAGGAGUUCUCGGAACUGAACAGACAGUUCUCCACCAUCUCACACCAUACCCAAUGUAUAUCUAAACAAGCCUCGAGAAAAUCAAAGGUCGUAGAGGGUGGGGAUGAGGAGAAGUCGGCGGCUUUGGAUGAUGCCGAUGAGCCAUGGAAUCUGGAGACUGCUCUUCGCGGCAGCCAGAUUGCCGAGACGGAGGCUGGUAUUAAAAGUAAACAUAUUGGUGUCAUAUGGGACAACCUUACGGUGCGCGGUCUUGGGGGCGUCAAAACAUACAUUAAAACAUUCCCCGACGCGAUAGUGGACUUUUUCAAUGUGCCAGGUCUAUUAAUGAAUUUACUAGGAUGUGGAAAGAAGGGCAAGGAGCUUGAGAUCUUGAAAAGCUUUAGAGGUGUCCUGCGUCCCGGAGAGAUGGUUCUUGUAUUAGGACGUCCCGGAUCGGGGUGUACGACAUUCCUCAAGGCGAUUACGAACCAACGCUUUGGUUACACUGGGGUAGAUGGAGAAGUUAUGUAUGGCCCUUUCGAUGCUGAGACCUUUGCGAAAAGAUACAGAGGAGAGGCUGUCUAUAAUCAAGAGGACGAUGUGCAUCAACCAACUCUCACAGUCAAGCAGACCCUAGGAUUUGCACUCGAUACGAAGACACCAGGCAAGCGGCCACGGGGAGUGUCUAAGGCUGACUUCAAAGAGAAAGUGAUCAGCAUGCUGCUUAAGAUGUUUAACAUCGAGCACACCGCCAAUACCGUGGUGGGAAAUCAAUUUAUCCGUGGAAUCUCUGGGGGAGAAAAGCGACGGGUUAGCAUAGCUGAAAUGAUGGUUACAUCGGCCACAGUGUUGGCUUGGGAUAAUAGUACCCGUGGACUGGAUGCAUCGACUGCUCUCGACUUUGCCAAAUCACUCCGGAUCAUGACCAAUAUAUACAAGACCACGACCUUUGUUUCCCUGUAUCAAGCCUCAGAGAAUAUAUACAAACAAUUUGACAAAGUCCUUCUUAUUGAUAAUGGCCGCCAGGUGUUUUUUGGUCCUGUUGCUGAAGCAAGGUCAUAUUUCGAGAGCCUUGGAUUCAAGGAAAAGCCUCGUCAAACUACCCCUGACUACCUCACUGGCUGUACCGACUUUUUUGAACGAGAAUUUAAAGAAGGUCGAAGCUCGGACGACGUUCCCUCCACUCCUGAUGCCCUCGCGGAAGCGUUCAACAAGUCCUCGUAUAGUGAGAGUCUCUCGCAAGAAAUGAACGCAUAUCGGAAACAAAUACAGCAAGAAAAGCAUGUAUAUGACGAAUUUGAAAUUGCUAACCAAGAAGCGAAGCGCAAAUUUACCCCCAAGUCCUCUGUGUAUUCCGUCCCAUUUUAUUUGCAGAUCUGGGCGCUAAUGCAACGUCAGUUUCUGAUCAAGUGGCAGGAUAAGUUCGCAUUGACAGUUUCCUGGAUUACAUCUACCGGGGUGGCUAUUGUCCUGGGCACUGUUUGGCUUAAACAGCCCGAAACGAGCGCAGGGGCCUUUACUCGAGGUGGUCUUUUGUUUACUAGCAUGCUCUUCAACGGAUUUCAAGCAUUCUCUGAACUUGCUGCCACUAUGAUGGGUCGCGCAAUCGUGAACAAGCAUCGCCAAUUCACUUUCUACCGACCAAGCGCGCUAUUUAUUGCCCAGAUCUUAGUCGAUGCUACGUUUGCUAUAGCCAGGAUCCUUAUUUUCUGCAUCAUAGUUUACUUCAUGUGUGGCCUGGCUCUAGAUGCAGGUGCUUUUUUCACGUUUGUCCUGAUCAUCUUCAUUGGCUACAUUGAUAUGACUGUUUUCUUCCGCACAAUUGGCUGCAUGUGUCCUGGUUUUGACCAUGCGAUCAAUUUUGUGUCCGUACUUAUUACAUUGUUUGUUUUGACCUCGGGGUAUUUGGUUCAGUGGUCAAACGCGCAAGUUUGGCUUCGGUGGAUAUAUUUCGUGAAUCCCUUCGGACUUGGCUUUGCAGGGUUGAUGGUAAACGAAUUCAGCCGGUUAAAUAUGACAUGCACCCAGGAGUCGUUGAUCCCUAGCGGCCCGGGAUACAGCGACAUUGCUCACCAAGCAUGUUCGCUGGCCGGUGGGGAACCUGGUUCUGCUAUUGUCCCGGGGGCCAGUUACAUUGCGACCACAUUCGAUUAUUUGAAAGGUGACCUUUGGCGGAAUUUUGGCAUCAUGAUCGCGCUUAUUGUCGGGUUUCUCGGGAUGAACUUAUACCUUGGCGAAGCGGUUCGAUUCGAUGCCGGUGGCAGAACCGUCACCUUUUAUCAGAAGGAGAAUAAGCAAAGAAAACAUCUGAACGAGACUUUAAUGGCAAGGUUGGCUCGCCGGCAGACAAACGAACAAGAGGCCAUGGGAACUGAGCUCAAUAUAACAUCCAAGUCCGUCCUGACCUGGGAGAAUGUUUGCUACGAUGUACCUGUGCCAUCUGGCACCCGCCGGCUCCUCAAGUCUGUAUACGGAUAUGUCCAGCCUGGAAAGCUGACAGCCUUGAUGGGAGCAUCAGGGGCAGGCAAAACGACGCUGCUGGAUGUUUUAGCGGCACGAAAGAAUAUCGGAGUCAUCAGUGGUGACAUUUUGGUAGACGGGGCACAACCUGCCACGUCCUUCCAGCGCGGAACAUCUUAUGCAGAACAGUUGGAUGUUCACGAAUCGAUGCAAACUGUAAGAGAGGCGCUACGUUUCUCUGCCGAUCUUCGUCAACCAUAUGAAACAUCCCAGUCAGAAAAGUAUGCUUACGUUGAAGAGAUAAUCGCACUCCUCGAACUGGAAAACUUGGCGGAUGCCAUCAUAGGGACCCCUGAUACUGGCCUUUCGGUUGAAGAAAGAAAGCGGGUUACUAUUGGAGUUGAGUUGGCUGCCAAACCAGAACUUCUCCUGUUCUUGGACGAGCCUACUUCGGGCCUGGAUAGCCAGUCUGCUUUUAACAUUAUACGAUUCUUACAAAAACUUGCCUCUGCUGGACAGGCCAUUCUCUGCACUAUACAUCAGCCAAACUCUGCACUCUUCGAAAAAUUCGACCGUCUUCUUUUGCUGCAAAGAGGAGGCGAAUGUGUAUAUUUUGGUGAUAUUGGUACAGACUCGUGCGUGCUGCUGGAUUACUUCCACCGCAAUGGGGCUGAUUGUCCACCCAACACCAACCCGGCGGAGUGGAUGCUCGAUGCCAUUGGAGCAGGGCAGACCCGCCAGAUCGGUGAUCGUGACUGGGGAGAGGUCUGGCGCAUAUCCCCUGAACUAGAGCAAGUCAAACAAGAGAUCAUUGAGAUCAAAGCUAGCCGUGCACAGCAAGUCCGCCAGAGCGAUGUCUCUCAAGCUAUCAAUAGGGAGUAUGCGACGCCACUGUGGCACCAGAUCAAAGUCGUCUGUAAGCGGACUCAUAUCGUCUUUUGGCGAUCCAGUAAGUACGGCUUCACACGCUUUUUUACCCAUUUGAACAUAGCUGUGAUCACCGGUCUUGCUUUCCUACAGCUGAAUGAUUCGCGGGCCUCUUUGCAAUAUCGGAUUUUCGUUAUUUUCAAUGUGACCAUCAUCCCUAUAAUCAUUAUCCAACAGGUUGAGCCACGGUAUGACAUGUCUCGAUUGGUAUUCUAUCGAGAGUCUGCGUCAAAAACAUACAAGGAGUUCGCCUUCGCGGUGUCCAUGGUUAUAGCCGAAAUUCCAUACUGCAUCCUCUGCGCAGUCAUCUUCUUUCUGCCUCUAUAUUACAUCCCAGGAUUCCAAGCCGCGUCCAGUCGUGCUGGGUACCAAUUCUUCAUGAUCCUGAUCACGGAGUUCUUUGCCGUCACACUGGGCCAGAUGAUCGCAGCGUUGACACCGAACAGCUUUAUCGCCGCUCAGAUUAACCCCCCUAUCACCAUUCUUUUCUCACUUUUCUGUGGUGUUAUGGUUCCAAAGCCGCAGAUUCCAAAGUUCUGGAGAGUUUGGCUUCACCAACUCGAUCCGUUCACGCGCAUCGUAAGCGGAAUGGUCACAACUGAACUCUACGGUCGACCGGUAGUGUGUCGCCCUAACGAAUACAACCACUUCCAGGCACCUCCAGGUCAGACCUGCGGCGAGUAUAUGCAACCAUUCUUCGAUCGGGGUGGGCUUGGCUAUUUAGCAGAGAAUGCGACCCAGGCCUGCAAGUAUUGCGCAUUCAAGGUUGGUGACCAGUUUUACCAAACCUUCACGAUGAACUUUGACCACCGAUGGCGCGACCUGGGCAUUUAUAUUGCCUACAUCGGGUCGAAUCUCAUAAUCAUAUUCCUAGCAGUAAGUCAGGUUCGUACUACUGUGCUGUCGCUCAAGCUCAUUGAUUUGCAACAGGCUCGUUAUUUGGGGUUCAAUCGGAGAUAA